ACCGCGUUGCCUCUCUGUCUUUCGGUUUUUCUCUGCUGCCGAUUCCAUCUAAAAAGGCAAACGCACCGAAGGAAAGCUCAACAAAAGAAAAACCCAAUUCUCGCUUCAACAAACAUAGCAACCCUAAUAAAGAGAGAGAAGAAGAAGAAGAGCAGGCACAUGCACCAUCUCCUCGUGUAUUUGUACGUCUGGAGAAACCAAGUGCUCAAGACGAUUUAUAUCUGAGGAAGAGAGUCAGGAUGCGUAAGUGGCUGUGCUGUACAUGUCAAGUAGAAGAGUCUUAUCCGUCAAAUGAAAAUGAACACCUGAAGAGCCCAAAUAAUCAUACAGAUGGAUAUCCGAAAGGCUCAAAGGUGUCAGCUCCUGUCAAAUCUGAAGUGCAAAAGGCAGUACCUAUCAUUGAAGUGCCUGCAUUGUCUUUGGAGGAACUGAAAGAGAAGACUGAGAAUUUUGGAUCAAAGGCUUUGAUUGGUGAAGGAUCUUAUGGGAGGGUGUAUUAUGCAAACCUCGAUAAUGGAAAAGCUGUAGCUGUAAAAAAGCUUGAUGUUUCAUCUGAGCCAGAAUCAAAUGUUGAGUUCUUGACUCAGGUCUCCAUGGUCUCGAGAUUGAAGAAUGACAAUAUUGUGGAGUUGCUUGGUUACUGUGUUGAGGGGAAUCUCCGUGUGCUUGCAUACGAGUUUGCAAGAAUGGGAUCUCUACAUGACAUAUUGCAUGGUAGAAAGGGAGUUCAAGGGGCACAACCGGGUCCAACACUUGAUUGGAUGCAUCGUGUAAGAAUCGCAGUUGAUGCAGCAAGAGGGUUGGAAUACUUGCAUGAGAAGGCUCAGCCACCGGUUAUACACAGGGACAUUAGAUCGAGCAAUGUGCUUCUCUUUGAAGACUUUAAAGGCAAGAUUGCAGAUUUCAACCUUUCAAAUCAGACUCCUGACAUGGCUGCUCGUCUUCAUUCCACUCGAGUUUUGGGAACCUUUGGUUAUCAUGCUCCAGAGUAUGCAAUGACCGGACAGCUGACCCAGAAGAGCGAUGUGUACAGCUUUGGGGUGGUUCUGCUGGAACUUCUAACUGGGAGAAAACCUGUUGAUCAUACCAUGCCUCGUGGGCAACAGAGUCUUGUUACCUGGGCUACUCCAAGACUGAGUGAAGACAAAGUUAAGCAGUGUGUAGAUCCAAAGCUAAAGGGAGAAUAUCCUCCUAAAGGAGUUGCCAAGUUGGCGGCGGUGGCAGCACUAUGCGUGCAGUAUGAAGCUGAGUUCCGGCCAAAUAUGAGCAUUGUUGUCAAGGCUCUGCAACCGCUUCUGAAGGCUCCGGCUCCAGCUCCAGCUCCAGCUACGACUGCAGCUCCCGAGACUUAGUGCCUGCUAUACGCAGUAACUGAAUUGUGCUGGGAUCUCAGGAAAUUGUGCAGAGUUUGAUACGUCUGGCCAGCGAUUUCAUCAGUUCUCUCAUAUAUUUUUUUAAAUCUUUUCGUAUGUGAGAUUAGAUGUUUAGAAUUGGAUUGGAUUGAGCUGUUUAAUGUUGCAGUUGCUGGUGUUGUACCAGGAUGGAUGUACUCAUGUCUUGAGUUUAAAAAUUGAGAUUGGGUUUGUUCGAGGUGUUUAUAUUUGUCAAUUGAUUAAUGUUUUUCCUUAA